AUGUCGUUCGGGAGUGCAAGCGAAAGUGGUAGGAAUGCUACCUCAUUCGUUCGAGCCGCAUCUCGCUGGAAUCGGCACCGCCAAAAGGAGACAGGUAAAGACUCCGUGGAAUUGCGAUGCAAACGGGGGUUGACGCGGAAAAAUAUCAGAUCGAGCAAUGAUCUUCCAGCCCCGGCCGUGUACCAAGUAGUAGUGCCGGCUUUUGCCAACAAAAUAUGCCUUGCAAAAUCCUAUCAAGACGAUAUUUGGGAUGAAUAG